AUGGACAAGCAACAUCAUCAUGAGCGUCGCCGACAUUCGCACAGAGCUAGAGAGAGUGAAACGCCUAGCCGAGUCAACCGCCAUCAGAUACUUCCUGAUGAUUCAGUAUCCAACCUGAUCCGAAGAGACAAGCAGAGCAUCCCAGCGGACAUCAGCAUACAAGAGCAACGACACAAUGGUAGUUCCAUCCGACUCGGGAGGACUGGUAAUGACGAUUAUGUUCAGAGAUGGUUAGCAGAAGCGAAGGGUGACAUUACUGUGGACAAUGAAGUGGUACGAUGGACCCAGAAAAAGUAUCAGCAUGAAAAAGUCGAAGUUGAAACGGGACAUCGCCAUGACCGGAAGAAAUUGAGGAGGAAACAUAAUUCAUCCUCUGACAGCUCUCUGCUAGAGGCACCUGCUCGACCAAGGUCACACAUGAUGAAUCAUGAAGGGAUCAACAAAACCAGGAUGGGAGAACAAGAGGAUCCCUUGCCACACACACAUAAAAGGCGCAGAGUUGUUUCAAUACCGUCAAGGGCUGGAAGUGCCACUGACGACUCGCGCCCACGGAAAGAGACCUUCGAAAAGAGACCCCGACACAAGAUACGCGAGGAACGAUAUGAGCCAAACCCCCAUAGUCGAAAAUAUGACGAGACGGAUAAAAAAAACCGCACGACGACAAAGCGGCCGAAGAAAAGUGGUCAGAAAAAAGCUGCCAAAGGAUCUGGCGAGGAUUUAAUGCAUAAUUUUACCUCGAAAAGCAUCGGAGGAGAGCGGCUGACCCUUCGCCCAUCUUACGGUGUUGGUUUGUUCAAUAACGGGCGGGCCUCCUAUCCCGCAAAACGCAAAGGGCUGUCCGAUCUCGCCUUCUCGGAGAUGGAAUUUCUCCAGCAUUCUAACCGCCGUUCGCCCUCGGCCACUAUCAAGCUCAGGAGGACUGAAAAUCAGGAAUAUCAGGAUAGGCGGCCGCAAAGGGAGCAAGAGAUAUCCGCUUUCUUCCCGAAAUCUAGAAAGCCCCUAUAUGAGAUAAAUUGCAACGCUGGAACCGGGCAAUCACCAACAUACAAGGUACCUAGGGAGUUUGUGUCGCAGGGUCGGGACAAGAAGUCGUUGAGCGAUCUGGAAAACCGGGCUCGUCUUGACAGAGACGGCACUUCAAUUCCAAGGAGAAUGCCUUUUAUUGAAAGGAAUUUAGGUUCCUCGAGUAAACUGUCUGGCGAGGCAACGACUUACGUGACCUGGUCUGAGUCUCAAUUUCCCCCUGUGGCUGCUAAUACACCAUCACGACACUUACGAAAUACCAAUCACGGCCCUAACAGUUCAACACCGGACUCAAUUCGUAAUUGCUUGGAGAGCACUGGGAUCUUUCGGAAUACAGGUAUCGAGCGACGUGGCAGUACCAGUGCGGUAAACGACAGAUUUAUCUUAAAUCAAAGCAGACAACGACCAGGACAAGACCACAUCUACCAAAAUAGCCCUCUGGACGAGCAUGAUUUUACCACUAUCUCGAGCAACCGGCACGCAGGAUCUUCCCCCUACCGAAGAUGCCGUGCCUCAAUCACUCAGCUGCCCGAUAACAUCACAGAUACAGGGCAUCAUAUUGAGAAUGCCCGGGAAGAAAUGCCUGGGGCAACACUGAAUAACCGAGACAAGAUUGGUUCUAUAGAGGUCGGAACAAACAGCAUAGUCAAUGAUCUCAAAUCUCAGGGGGGGGAGCAGCAAAGACUCAGUCCUCGUCCCGAAGACGGGUGCUCUCAUGAAGCAAUUCCGAGAAGCGUGAUGCCGGAAAAGUCACCAAGUACAACCAUUACUAGAGAGCAGCUCGCGAAGCACGCACGAAUCAAGCACCUGUCUACUGCACUGCCAGUCACUGGCCUGGCCGGCGUUGGAUGUAAUAUGACGGAGAGUAACGGGAAUUUUAUCGGUACACAACCACAUAUGCAACUCCCAGCAACAAUCUCGAGGGGCCAACAAGUGGAUAUGCGGGAUAUAGUACAAGGGCCCGAUUUGGAGGCAUCAUUUGAACCGACAGUUACAAACACAGAGGCAAUUCUCAACUCCGUUGGGGAUGCUAAGUCUGCAAGCCACUCAAUUCCCCCAAGCGCUCAGCGGUCCGUACCUGAUGAGUUUAAUCUCCAGAGUCCUUCAGCUAGGGAGGGGAUGCAUUCUCAAAGUGGCAUUUCAUUGCCUUCCUGGGCCAACUAUGUGAACAAUCCAAGGUUUCAAGCCCCAAAUUCCGAUCAUCCGCCGCAAAAUUCUAACCCCGAGAGGACUAAUAGUUCGGCUCCUCAGGGACUUCCGCUACGAGGAGGCUGGAGGUAUAACUUUGGUGUAGCUACACGGUUAUCUCCCUUGGGUCGAGUGGAUCCAGUUUUUGUCCGUCAAGCACAACAAGAUUAUGACGCCCCAGGGGAGUUCAUUCAGUUAGAAAGCUCCCAGAUGGGCGACACACUCACCCCUUUCAAGUCUAUGACUACCUCUUUAGCAAACAGCCCGGCGCCUGAUAGCAUGAGGUGUGACGAGAAUGGUGUAAUACUCCAAGGCGAUGCCUACGACCACCAAAUGUAUGACACCAACGGCGGGCUAGUCGAGCCAACGUACACCGACAUGCCCAACUUAGGGGGGAAUUUUCACCAGUAUUGCGAUAACCAUCUAGAUGAAGUGGUCGAUCCUAAUACUCAUGAUGGCUAUUGUGAGUAUUACAUGCCGACGCACGCUAGCGAUAAUCAAGCAGACAUACCAAUCGAGGUCACAAUGGAAAAUUACCAUCACGGUGAUGAAGGCAGCUAUUCCAUCCAAAGAUUCUGGACACCUCACCGCCAGUAUUGA